AAAGUGCCUGUGUUCAUAGUUUUACUCAGGGCACCCAAAAUAGCACGCAGUAAGCAGUGUCAUACUGUGAGUUUUCAAAACUAAAAGCAGGAGUGACUUAAGAGUUAGAGCAGGAAGCUCUAACUCUUAAAGCUUUCCAAGGAUCUGUGAAGUAAAAAAGAACUUCUCCUCAUUGGAUGUUUAAUUUGACUUUAACAAUACUCAUUUCUUCAAACCUAGAAGGCCCUGAAGUUACACGGGUGUAAAAGGUUGGAACACUGUCAAGUGCUGGCAAGUUCAUCUCUAUAAAAGACAAUGUAAGGUAUUUGCCUGUCAGACACAUUGAUUUCUUGAUGCAAGGGAGAACCACUGGUGACAACCUCAACAGCUUCUGAUGGCUUGUUGCCUCCUGCAGCUGGACAAAGAAGAAAAAGAUAUCCCUUUGUGGUAUUUCAGAUAAUUCAAUCAGUUUGGAAUAACUUAACUUUGAAACAGUUCAGAGUUCUUCAACCAUUUUCUCAAGCUGGCAUGUUACCUCUUUGGAGAGUAUCAUUUCCUUUGGAGAAUAUGAAAAUUGAUUGAAGAGAGGCUUCAGCAUGAAUUGUUCCACUUUGCUAUGUCUUAUGCUGACAGUGGUUCAGCUUUGGCUUUGCUCUCCAACCACACAGAAAUACAGUGCCCAAAACACAGAUCAGUCUUUCACAACAGUUCGAAGAGUAAAGCGUGGCUGGAUAUGGGAGCCGCUUUUUGUAACUGAGGAACAGACCUCAAGGAUGCCUGUGUAUGUUGGACAGCUGAAAUCAGAUUUAGACAAACAGGAUGGCAACUUACAAUACAUUUUGACUGGGGAAGGAGCUGGAAGUAUAUUUAUCAUUGAUGAAUAUAAUGGCAAAAUUUAUGUGAUACAAAAGGUGGAUCGAGAAGAGAAACCCUUCUAUAUUCUAAGAGCCCAGGCACUUAACAGGAACACUCAUCUUCCCGUUGAACCUGAAUCAGAAUUUAUUAUCAAGGUUCGAGAUAUCAAUGAUCACGAACCACAGUUCUUGGAUGGACCUUAUGUGGCUACUGUUCCAGAGAUGUCACCUGAAGGUACUUCGGUUGCACAGGUAACAGCCACUGAUGGUGAUGAUCCUUCUUAUGGGAAUAGUGCCCGUCUGAUUUACAGUCUCAUUCAGGGUCAGCCUUAUUUCUCUGUGGAGCCAAAGACAGGGGUCAUCAGAAUGGCUUCCCAAAUGGACAGAGAAACAAAAGAUCAGUAUUUGGUCAUCAUCCAAGCCAAAGAUAUGGUGGGACAAGCUGGGGCAUUUUCAGCAACAGCUACAGUUACCAUCAAUCUCUCUGACAUGAAUGACAAUCCACCUAAAUUCAUAGAGAGACUAUACUAUUUGAAUGUCUCUGAAGAUGCUCCUGUGGGCACUACUGUAGGCAAAAUCAUGGCAGAAGACAGCGACAUUGGGGAGAAUGCAGCCAUGAACUAUUUCAUUGAAGGAGAUAGUUCAGAUAUUUUUGGCAUCAUUACUGACAAUGAGACUCAAGAAGGAAUUAUCUUAUUAAAAAAGAGAGUGGAUUAUGAAAGCAAGAGGAGACACAGUGUUAGUGUUAAAGUUGUAAACAGAUACAUUGAUGACAAUUUUCUGAAAGAAGGACCAUUUGAGGACACAACUACUGUCAAAAUCAGUGUGCAAGAUGCUGAUGAACCUCCAGUUUUCAACUUGGAGAACUAUGUGAUGGAGAUAGCUGAAGGGGUUGCAAAUGGCUCAUUGGUAGGCGUUGUUUCUGCAAGAGAUCCGGACAAUGUUAACAGCCCAGUCAGGUAUUCUAUUGUCCAAGGCAUACAUUUAAAGAGAUUGUUCAGCAUCAAUGAACACAAUGGAACAAUCAUUACAACUGAACCUCUGGACCGAGAGAUUGCUUCUUGGCACAACAUAACUGUUACAGCCACAGAAACCAGAAAUCCUGAAAAAAUUUCAGAAGCGUAUGUAUAUAUCCAAGUUCUUGAUGUUAAUGAUCAUGCACCAGAAUUCGCUAAAUUUUAUGAAACAUUUGUUUGUGAAAAUGCAGUUUCUAACCAGCUAAUUCAGAGCAUCAGUGCAGUGGAUAAAGAUGAUUCAGAAGAAAGUCAUCAUUUUUACUUCUCAUUGGCUCAGGAAAGUACAAACAACUCACGUUUUACUGUCAAAGAUAAUCAAGAUAACACAGCUGGGAUUUUCACAGCAAAAAGUGGUUUCAGUAGACAAGAACAGUUUUAUUUCUAUUUGCCAAUAUUAAUUCUGGAUAAUGGAUCCCCACCACUUACAAGCACAAAUACUCUCACUGUCACUGUCUGUGAUUGUGACACUAAAGUGAACACCUUCUACUGUCGAUAUGGAGCUUUCAUGUAUUCCAUGGGUCUCAGUACAGAAGCUUUAGUUGCUGUUUUGGCUUGCAUACUAAUAUUCCUGGUGUUUUUUUUGGCAAUUGUAGCCAUAAGACAGCAGAGGAAGAAGUCCCUCUUCUCAGAGAAAGUGGAAGAAUUUAGAGAGAACAUUGUCAGGUAUGAUGAUGAAGGAGGUGGUGAGGAGGACACAGAAGCUUUCGAUAUUUCAGCACUGAGGACCCGCACGGUCAUGAGAACAUGCAAACCUCGAAAGAACAUCACCACAGAAAUCCACAGCCUCUACAGACAGUCUCUGCAGGUUGGCCCUGACAGUGCCAUCUUCAGGCAAUUUAUUUCAGAAAAGCUUGAAGAAGCCAAUACAGAUCCUAGUGCUCCUCCAUAUGACUCACUUCAGAGAUACGCGUUUGAGGGUACUGGCUCUUUGGCAGGAUCUCUCAGCUCCUUAGGCUCAGACAUGUCAGAUGUGGAUCAGAAUUAUGACUACCUUUCAGAUUGGGGACCUCACUUCAAACAGCUUGCAGGAAUGUAUGCUUCUCAUAUGAGUGUAAGGCAUUAGUUACUGUUUGCUUGUUUGUUUGUUUGUUUUUGUUUUUGUUCUUUCCUAAAUGUUCAGCAACCAAAACCAACUCUUUUUUUAAAAAAAAAAAAAAAAAAAAAAAGAAGAUCAUCCCACAUUUAUGUGCAAAAAUAAAGUCCAAAGUCUUGGAUGUGAAGAUCUUGUGAAAAAUCAUACAAAUAAUCUCGUGAAUUGAGGGAACAGGACCUCUCCAUUUGAAAAUCUAGUGUCUAUUUGCAUUUUUUUGAAUGCAAAUUGUGCUGCUUUGGAUAUCAAAGUCCCAUUCUGGGUACAGAAAACCUGGGUCCUGCAGGUGCAGAAGGUCACAGAAGCCAAAUAGAAAUGAUAAAUAGAAUUGCAAAUAUUCUGCCAUUCAUAAGCUUUAUACAGUUUCCAAAGUUAAGACAGACUUCCGCUGUGGCAGUUGAAUAUAUUCUUUAACCAAAGUUAAACCUACAUAUUUGUAUAGUGCUUCAUAAUAUAAAUAGACUUAUGUGAUAAAAGUAAACCCUAGAUAUUCUAAUACAAUUGUCAGAAGCAUUUAAAUGAAUCAUCUAUUUAUUGUUCAUAGGAUGAUAAAACUAAAACAAGUCUCUUUUCAUAUAAGCGUAAAAAAAAUAAUGAUGUAUUGCAAUAAAAUGAUAUAUUGCAACAACAGCAAGUAUUUGAUACUAAUUUCUUUAAUGGUAUUAUUGGGAAAUGCAUAAACACAAUAAUUAAUUUAGCAAAUAAGAUGGAAGGAAGGAAAGACGGAAGGAAGGAAGGAAGGAAGGAAGGAAGGAAGGAAGGAAGGAAGGAAGGAAGGAAGGAAGGAAGGAAGGAAGGAAGGAACCAGUUAAAGAUGUGGGUUUUUUUUGUUUUUAUUCUUUUUUUGUUUGUUUGUUUUUUAAAUAAUAGAACAUAAAAUUAUCUGCAGUAGUCAAUUUUAUUAUAACUGUAUUAAGGAUCUUUAAAACGCUAAACUGAUGGUCAUAAAACUUUAUGUAUAACAUUAGAUGAUAAGAUAGUAAAAUGCUUUAAUGUUAAUCCACUUCUGAAAAUGAUCCUUUAUCAUUCUGUUAAACUGGAAUCAGAUUUCAAGAUUAAUUUCCCAUUGUAUCUUUUAAAAGUAGUUUAUAAUGAAUAUAAAGGUGUCUUAGAAUAUUUUUUACUCAUAUAUAUGCAGCUACCCAGCAGCAAUUUUAGAUCUGAGAGUCAUCAAAAUCAUCAAAAUCAUCUGCUGCUUAUUCUACAGAGAUCGCAUCUUGUAAUCAAGUAAAACAACAUUUCCACAACUAAAAGCUGUCAUCUGGAUAAAGAAAAUUAUGUGAUAUUUUCCUUCUUUUCAUUUUUUUAAAUAAAUAAAUAAAUAAAAACUAUUAGGUAUGAAUUACUGAAUUACAAAGAGCCAGACAGACAAAGCUUGUGGAAAGAAAAAAAAAAAAAAAAAAAGGCUUGUAACAUACAAUAUGUGCUGCAAUGCUAGCUACAAUUGCUGUUAACCAACAAAAAGCAAGGCAUAUAGGCUAAGUGGAAAAACACCAGUGGAGCGUUCAAAUGUCAGCUAAAAAUAAAACACAUGGAGUCUGAAAAUCAGGAGAGAUUUCCAAUGUAAGGUCCAGUAAGGGCAGAAACAUUAUUCAUGAUAUUAAUUGCUGUAAAACAUGGGGGGAGGGCAGGGUCAUCCAACUAGAUGCAGAUGAAACAGCAUCAAAAGGAAAAAUUGGUUCUCUCCAGUCUCAUGCAAGGCCUUGAGUAUGACCGAGUGAAUACAAAACACCUUUAAACAGUGAAUAAUUAAAACAUUGACCAUUGACAUAGUUAAAAAAAUGACUCUUUUUUUUUUGUUGUUGUUGUUGUUGUUGUUCAGUGGCUCUUAAGCAGAUGUAAUAAAAUAAUUCAUUUUGAGACAAUAUUGUAUACAUUUAUCAUUUGGUCCAUGGCAAGGAGUAGACAGAGUGCAAUUAUAUGUUCCUUUAUUUUUUGGAGAUGGUGAGAAGUACAGUUUUAGUAAUAAAUUUAUAGAUUUAUGCAGUUUUUACACUACACAAAUCCUUAUUCCACAGAUGGUCUCAGUGUCUUUAAUAGAAUUCCUCAUAAUUUCAGACUGUAUUUAGUACAAAUAGGAUGAAAAUGUCUGAUCCUUUCCCAAUCCAGAUAUUUGUCUGUUUAGAUGGGGAAAUAUCUAGCCAUGUUUUCUCUGACAUUACAGUUUUCUCCGUUUACUACACUUUAAUGAUAACUAAUUUUUGUAACCAAUGCAUACUACUCUCAUAUCAAGUGACUUCUAAGUGAAAGAAAGCAGUGGUCUGCAAUGGCUACUACAUGAUCUUUAGCCAAAAAGGCAUAAAACCAUUUUUCUUGCUCCAAAGUAAGAAGCCAUUCUUAGCUGUUACUGGGCCACUGGGCUUGUUAUUCUAAGUCAAACCUAUUGUUUGACUUACUACAUGGUUUUUGAAGACCUCUAUGGAUGGUGACUUAACCUCUUCCCUGAGCAGCCUGUUCCGGUGCCUCACAAUCCUUCCAGUGUUAGGACAUUUUUCCUAGUAUCCAUCUUAAACAUCCCCUGGAACAACUUAAGGCCUUUUUGUCUUGUCUUAUUACUUGGUGCUUAGGAGAAGAAACCAAACCCCACCUCACUAUAGUCCCUUUUAAGGUAAUUGUAAAGUACAGUAAAGUCUCUCCCAAGCCUUCUUUUCUCCAAGCUAAACAACCCAAGCUCUCUCAGCUACUCCUCAUAAGACUUGUGCUCCAGACCCUUUGCCAGCUUCAUUGUCCAUUUUUUGUACAUGCUCUAGCACCUCGAUGUUCUUCUUGUAGUGAGGGGCCCAAAUCUGAACACAGUACUCAGGUGCAGCCUCACUGGAGCCAAGUACAGAUGGACAAUCACUUCCCUAGUUCUGGCCACACCAUUUCUGAUACAAGCCAGGAGGCUGUUGGCCUUCUUGGCCACCUAAGCACACUGCUGGCUCGUAUUCAGCUGGCUAUCAAACCAAUACUCCCAGUCCCUUUCUGCCAGGCAGCUUUCCAGACACUCUUUCCCCAGCCUGUAACAUUGCAUGGGGGUGUUGUGCCCCAAGUGCAGGAGCCAGCAAUUAGCCUUGUUGAAUCUCAACAUAUGAUGGAUCUCUUCUGACACUGUUUGAGUAAAUUCAUCUGUGUCACUACAAAUUCCACAGAAAAAAAAAUGACUUCACAAAUGACAUCUUGAACAACUGUUUCAGUAAGUUAUGAGCUGGAACAAUAAUUUUUUGCAUUCUGAUUCUGUAUGUUGACCUUAUAAACAUCAAAAAAUAUCCUCCAUUAUUAAUACUGAGGACACUAGAGACUAGCCUUGAAGACUACAGAAUACAAAAUGUAUAAAAUGAAAUGACACAAAAUACAACAUAAUCCAGUCUAGAAAUAAUUCUUAAAAAAAUCUGCAAUUAUAUUGGUCAUUUACCCAUUAGAGUAAUUAAGACAAGCUCCUAAAUUUACUAUGAACUGCCAACAAGAUGCAACCCAGAAAAUCAUAUGUGAACCAAAGCUGUACAAAAUAAUAAAACAGGCAAAAGAAAGUGUUGACCAUGAAAUUAGAUUGAGAUUGAUUACCUAAAAGCUUAAUUACUUGACAGUUCAUUUUUUCUUGUCAGACUGACCAAUCACACUAACAGUGUUUCUAACAUCACAUGUUCACUUAAACACUAACUCAAAGGCAAUUCUAAUAUUACUUGUUAAAGCGUUUUCAUAGGACAAUUUAUUUAAUUUUUUUAUACUUGCAAACUCUGGCAAAACAAAUGAGGUGCCCAACAGAUGUAAAAGAGGAGAUAGAAGAUAUUAUCCUUAAAGUUUUGUAUUUAUAGUGUAAUUCAAUAUGCACUUUUUGCAUAUGGUGAACCUAAUUUCAUUUGUUACAAAUGCCAGUUUAUUUGCAUUACUUAUGAAUUCAAAAUAUCAUUACAAUGACUUGAGAAAUAUUUUACUUGAAUCAUUAAGCGUUCCAGCAACUUUAGUAAUACUUCAUUGAAGUUCUUGUCAAAAAAGCUUAUCCUCACAGAAGUCUUACCCCAUUGCCACCAUGACUGAACAUAAAACCACUCUAGUUAGCCUAUAAAAAUGUUUACACCCACUGUAGUUCAUCUCACCCAACUUUCACCGUACCAAAAUUAGUGUAAGUUAUUCAGUUACCCAAAAAAUAAUGCUCAGAGUCUCUGUCUGGAAGUGCUAGUCUCAUUAUGUUUACUGCAGCAAAAGUUUAGCAGGUUAGUUAUAGUCAAAACCUAAAGUUUAGAUGAUUCAAGUUAAGAUGAAUCUCUUCCUUCCCAUCCCAUGCUCCCCUUUUGCUGUAAGUCCAGCAUGCCACUCCCUCCAAUGUCUCAGAAAUUUGGGGUAGUCUGGACACUCUCCAGUACUGCAAAAUGAACAUGGAAUUCCUCCUUAUGGGAACAGCUUAUACACAGCAGCCUUUCCACACUGAAGAACUCCUGCAAACAUAUCUCCAUCAUGUCACUGACAACUCUAACCCAUUAUGAAUCACCCCAAAACUUCAUCUGCUUUCCCCAUUCUUACGGGGAUAUAAGGACUCUGCUUUGCCUUCUUGCUUUCCCUUAUGGGAUUAUUUUUAACAACCUCAAAAACAUUUUCCUUUGAAAAUAGUGCCUGUUAAUCUUGAAUGAUUGGUAUUGUUUCAUAGUAUCCUACUAACAGCUAAAGGUUUCCAAGUCUGCUAUUUGUGAAGGUAACUAUUUUGCAAAAGGCAUGAGCUCAAGGCAAAACCGGGUCAAAUGAUUCAUGUAACAGGUCAGCUCCUGAGCUGGAAACAACACGUAAAUCCUGAAAUAUUAAGUCCACUGCCCAGCUUGCUGGACUACAUGUUUGUUUGUUGUUUUUGUUUGUUUGUUUGUUUGUUUGUUUCUGUUGUUUUUGUGUGUUUUAUUUUUUAUUUUAUUUUUAUUUAUUUUAUUUUCAACUCUACUUGUGCUUUCUUGAUAUAUCUGUAUAAUAAAGCAAUUAAAAAAUA